AAUUUUAUAUUAUUGCAUUUACACGAUAAUAGCAUAUAGAGCAAACGGUAAUAUCGUGUUACUGUAUCUACGAGGUUGCAUGAAAAACUAGGAAGCGCGGUAAGAAAUCGUAACGGAAGAUCCGUCGCGUUAAAAUAGACAUCCUGGAAUUCGAAUCUGCCUCGGUACAUACUCCACUUUGCUAUAGUACAUAUAUACAUAUGUACUCGAGGCCGCUAAAUGUAACAUUGUACGUAUAUUUAGGCGCGGUACUGUCAUCGGUGUGGCUCGAUUUAAGCUUUUUCAGCUUUUCUACCUGUAUCGUUCAACGAUCAUUUCACGAAGCACAGUGGAAUCUCCGUUCGAAUUCGUUGCAAUUCUUACCGUUCGAACGUUUUACUCUAAACUACACGCAUCUAAAAUUUACUUCGAUUCACUUGUACGAUAAAAUGAUAAAAUACGACGGAGCACGUUAAAAUUACGAAAUAAAACAUUUCAAAAUUCACUCGUUUCCUAUUUUCACAUACCAUAUAUACCAUAUAUAUUCCAGUGAGCUUGGAAAUUUCCUAUUAACCGUUAUGCGAAUUACUCUAAAUCCUAAAUAAUCGCAUUUCUUCAAGCACAACCGUAUCUUAAAAUUAUAUCGCUUAUCGUCAAUUAUAAAUUAUCCGCCACUCGUUGUCAGCGUAGAAUUAAAGUUCAAGAAACGGUGUAUCGUCGCCCGGUGUUAUCUGUUUACAGUAUACAGCAUGAACUUGUAGUCGCUUGCUAAAUAUACCUACUAUUCGUGAGAUCAUGCGUGUAUAAUUACAUACGGGUGUUUCUUAAUAAGCUUACGUUAAGAAACGUUGCUGUUGUUCGAUAGUGAUCAUCGAUAACUAUAGUCCGGUACUACCGUUCUCUAACGUGUGUAUGUGUGUGUCUGUUGAAAGAACGGAUCAUCGAGAUGUUUUUGCGUUAAAUCGAACGAAUUCGUGGUACAACGUGCUAUACGAUAGAAUGAGAAAUAAAAAAAGAACCGUCAGCCUGCGUCUACGAUAUAUAUUGUUCGCGUGCUACUUGGUAUAUUUAUCGCGGUGCUGCUUCGCUUUAUCGCUUUUACCAUUGCGUCGUUAUCAAACAAUUCAUUCUUAUAGCCAGUGGCGAUUAGCUCUUAACGCUUUCGUUUCAACGAAAAAUUAAUAAAUCUCCGUUGAAAUCAAUGAAACAUUCUUCCUUUGUUUACGCAAAGACAAAUGCUCAAAUAUUAGUAGCGGCAGUGGUAAAUAAAGAAUCUGUGUAAACAGCAAUUUCAAGAAAGACCGACUACCAUCCACAAAUUUCCAAAUCGCUGAUGACUCGAUCCAGUUACCCGUCAAAUUGUGCAAUGUGCUUUAUCGUUGGUACAAUAUGAGAAAAAGGAUUGUGCUCGAAAAACCCAGUGAAACAACAAACACCGAUUGUGAUCCGUGUUACGAGGAUCCAUCGUGGUUCUUAAUGGAAUAGUAGCUUCUUAAAAUGCCACAGUACGACGACAGCUUCCUCGACUCGCCGAUCUUCCGGCGACGCACACGUAGCUAUGCGGUGCAGAAGGGGUUCGUGCCGAAGUCGAAGAGCUUCAUCACUGCCACGCCUCUGCUGUUGGCCGUGACCAAUCACGCCAAGACCCUUUCCGGUUCCAUAUCGACCUGCAGCUUGAAAGAAGUCGAGGAACGCUCCAGCGGGAAGGCGCGUGGUGGUAAACUAGCGCGUCGUGCGCGCUCCUUCAAGGAGGACUUCCUGGAGAAGCUCUCCCACAUGCGUUCUCCUGGUAGCGGAAGCGGAGGUGGAGGCAGUGGAGCGGCUACGAGGGCCGCCUCGCCCUCCUCGCCGCGAACACCGCGUGAUAAAAGCGCGCCUGGUUGCACCGAUGGCGCGACCACCCUCGACAAGAAUCCCCUCCGCGACCUGCAUAUCCACGUGCGACAGGUGCAACUGGCACUGCUUCACUUCCGAGACGUCGUGUCAAAGAAAAAGCUCGAGAUGCUGCCCGGCAACGGCACCAUCGUCCUCGAUACUGUUACCACCAUACACACUGUGCUGAAGUCCUAUCUCCUCUACGAGAACAGCUCUACUCUGGGAUCAGCGACGAACCAAGUGUAUCAAGCUCUAGCACAAUUAUUAAAACUCUGUGACGACGUGUUGCUGCACGGUGACCAGUCCUCUGCGCUGGAUACCGAGAACGUUACACACAUCAUAGGAUUAGUGGAAGAAGCUGUGAAAAACUUGGUUGCCCUGGCGAACGAGAAGAUUGCCAAUAGACAGAAACCUGUCGUCGCUACAGCUAGUAAUAGAACGUCGUCUUAUGGAUCGGAAAUGACGCCGCAAAGAAAUUCUUUGCCUGAUAUUCCGUUAACGCCAAGGGAAAGGCAGAUUUUAGAGCAAACAGCUGCGACUACUAGUUUGGUCCGUAGUUCGCAUAGUUCAGAGUCGAUUUUAAGGGAUUCUAGUCCACCCCCAAAACCGCCACUUCCCGAGAGAACUAAUAUGUGUCUGUCGGAAGAAAAUAGUUCUUCCGGUACACCGCCACCAUUGCCACCGAAACGGAGAACGAGAGGUCAACAGUUGCUCGAUGAAUCCGAAGGUUUUUUAGCGUCUAGUCUCGAUGGUGUUUCCCUACGAAGUCGAUCUCCGGAGGAUUCGUCGUCUCUUUUGAGCGCGUCGGCUGGCAGUUUGGAUUCGGCCUUGAACCAUUCCCGUGACGAAGAUGAAAUACGGGCGAUCAUGGGACCAAACGACGAGUCUCUGAACGACAGUAUGGAUCUCAGCCUGAUGGCUACUAUCCAAGGUAUGCAAGUUAAUGGUAGUUCAAACUGUAGUUGCUGGGACGGUUCCGAAACAAACAUACCAAGUACAAUGUUAUUGGGUCAACAAACUCCGCAAGAAAUGCUUAAUCCAUUUACCGGUAUAGAAGGAAAAAUGGAACGAUUAUCGACUCAAACGCAGGAAUCCGGUUUCGUAUCCAUGCAUUCGCAACGAAGUUCGUCUCAAAGUUAUACUACCUCCAGUAUAACGUCCAAAAGAUCUUCUCAGCAAAGCAGUAUUAGUUACAAUUCCCAAACGUUUAAUUCGCAACAAUCGUUUUCCCAAACAAAACUGUCUUCGGAUAAUAACGGGUCUAUUUUCACUCAGAAGACAAUGACUAGUACGAAGAGUACCGUUAGUACAACAAACAUUUCCGGAACUGGAGAUCCUGCUGUAUUAGAAAAAUUGGAAAUGGAGUCGAUUUCUGCAUCGGACGCUAACGGUGUGCCCCCAGCGUUGCCGGAAAAACGAUCGAAACGGAGGAAAGAACGUCAACCGUCACAGUACGACAAUGUACCUGAAAAUGAGCAUUUAUCAACCUGUAGUUUACAUACCAAUAACGGCGAUAAUACAGAUACCAGUAAACCCCCUCCACUGCCGCUUAAGAAAAGGCAUAUGUUCCAAUCAGUGGCAUAUUCUGUUAUGGCAUACAUGGAGAUGUUUGGGAAUUGUUCUCACAGCAACAACGAUUUCAUCUCUGGUCUUGGGACCCGUCAUUCAGUGGCAGCUUAUAAUUCGAUGCAAGCGGAAUGGCAACAACACGAAAUGGCUCUUACUACGACACAAUCGUGCUCUUUCAUGGCGCAUACUAUAACUACAUUACAUGACAACUCAAAUACCUCCAUAACUAUGGCACCAUCAGUAGCGGAAGUAACGAAUAAUUCUAGUCUCCCACCAGCAUUACCACCAAAGAGAUCCCGUUCCAUUAAAUCAAAUGCAACGCCACCGCCAAUUUCGCCAAAACCCACCAUUAGUAUGCAAAGUAUACAUACAAUCGAACCAAUCGUAACGUCAACACCAAUGAAAGUAGAGGAAUCUGGUUGUAUUCAUGAUAAAAAGGAGUUAUCACCUUUGUCUCCAGCGAAGUUGAAUAACGUUGCUUUGGACACUAUAUUACCGUCCUCAAGACCUGCGAGUAAUGCCUUAUCGUCGAUUUCCGUCGAUGAUAAUAACUUGGACUUGAGAGACGUCGAUCAGGACGAUACUAUUUUGGAUGAACUCGAUAUCAGCAAGUAUUUAGUCUUCAAGAAACCAGACGAAGAAGGGCCAGAUAUAAGGGGUGGUCACCCGGAUGCAUUGUUAAUUCAUGCAACCAAAGCUAAUAAACAUGACGAGAAAGAAUCAGACUUUUUGUAUCAAGAGGCGUUUCUAACAACAUAUAGAACAUUCAUGCAACCAUUGGAGUUAAUUCAAAAAUUACACAAACGUCAUCAGCGAUUCUCUUGUUCUGCUGACGUUAUUAAACAAAGAGCAGCUCGUGAAGCAUUUUCCUUGUUGGUCAGAGUUGUCAGCGAUUUAACCAUGUCGGAUCUCGAUGAUACCCUCUUGCAAACUCUAAUGGAAUUUGUACAGCAAUUGGUAUGUAGCGGUGAUCUUACUAUGGCAAAAGCUUUGCGUGUUAAAAUUUUGGAAAAACACGCGGCGAAGCAGUUGCAAUCUACACAACCGAUUCUAUCUUCGUUGAGUGUGACAACAAAGCAAGCUUCCCUUCUCGAUUUCAAGAGUGAACAAAUUGCAGAACAAAUGACAUUGUUAGAUGCUGAUUUAUUCAUGAAGAUUGAAAUUCCGGAAGUACUAAUUUGGGCUCAAGAACAGAAUGAAGAACGAAGUCCGAAUCUAACUAGAUUCACAGAACACUUUAACAAAAUGUCGUACUGGGCUAGAUCGAGAAUACUGGAACAUAGAUUAGAGAAUGAAGCGAAAGAUAGAGAGAAAUACGUUGUUAAAUUUAUCAAGAUAAUGAAGCACCUUAGAAAAAUAAAUAAUUUUAAUAGCUACUUAGCCUUGCUUUCUGCGUUGGAUAGCGCUCCGAUUAGAAGGCUCGAAUGGCAGAAACAUAUUACAGAAGGUUUAAAAGAAUAUUGCGCUCUUAUUGAUAGUUCCAGUAGUUUCAGAGCUUACAGGCAAGCUCUGGCAGAAACACAACCGCCAUGCAUUCCGUACAUCGGACUUGUGUUACAAGAUCUUACAUUCGUGCAUAUUGGAAACAAUGAUUUAUUACCGGAUGGUACGAUAAAUUUUUCGAAAAGAUGGCAACAGUUUAAUAUCGUUGAAAACAUGAAAAGGUUUAAAAAAGGAACAUAUUCGUUCAAGAAACACGAACGUAUAAUAACGUUCUUCAAUAAUUUUAGCGAUUUCCUCUGUGAGGAAGCAAUGUGGCAGAUUUCCGAGAGUAUCAAGCCGCGCGGUGGAAAAAAAACACAGUCACAGAACUAGAAUAUAUCAAACCCUUUCACCGCCUGCGUCUCAAAAUCGAAAGGCUGAAUCAGUAAAUUAGAAUGUCUGUAAUUGUGAUGUUUAGGUAAAUUUACCUAAUUACGAGCUGAAUAAAAAUGAUGCAACGCUUUAAGGACGGUGAAAGGGUUAGCUAUGUCUGUUCCGCUUCAACAACCUCUGUGAGGUUGUAUCUCAUUUUAUGGAAUAUUCAGUCUCUAUUGAAAAGUAAAACAGAAAAAAGAAUGCGUAUAGUCAGUCAUUUAGAUCAAAUUGAGAUUUGAUGCGUGCGUGCGUGUAUGUGUGUGUAUGUUUGUUUGUUUGUUUGUUUGUUCUUGUUUUGUUUAAAAAUAUGAAUUGCGUGCACGGAUAUCGAUUGAAUCGAAAUACGUAUAGAGAGACUUUAAUGAAUUGGCUAGAUCAAUCAUGUCUCAAUGUAUUUUUGCAAUUUUUUCCUUUUUGCUAUAAGCUUAGUAAGGGAGAAAAUCAUGUUUACUAUGGAUCUAUGCAAUGUAUACUUAAACGAUACACAGCUGUAAUGAUGCUUAACAUGGCAUGAUGGAAAGAGCAAUCUCCUCUCUCUAUCUCUCCCCUCCUCUCUCUCCCUCCCUCUCCCCUCUCCACUCUCCCGCACACACGCAUGCACUAGCUCUUCUAUAGAAAUAUAUAUAUAUAUAAAUAUAAAUAUAAAUAUAUAUAUAUAAAUAUAUAUAUAUAUAUAUAUAUAUAAUAUAUUAUAUUAUAUAUAUAAGCUAUUUAUUUAUUUGCUUUAUAUCGGCGAAUAGCGAUAUGUAAAAAGUAGUAAAUGUCAUACAUUUUUUUUUAAACUUAUUUAGAUAUAUAUGUAAACGUCCAUCAUAUAGAUCUGUUAUAGAUAGGCAAACUUAUCAAGCGUCGACAGAGAUACAUUUGUUGACUUCGCAAGGAAAAAACACCAAUUACGUUGAUUAAUGUAAAACAAUUAUAGUCUCAGAUCAGUGCAGAAAUGAUGCGCUUUUUCGAACACGUGGCACGACUGAGCGUAACUGUUACAUAUACUAUUGUAUAUGAUUCUAGGAAACAUUUUUUGUUGGAAACUCGUUAAUAGAUAUCCAAGAUUUCAGCUUUAAGACAAAUGGUUAUCUAAAAGUGCGUAGAUAAAUUAAGUGUAAAAGAAGCCCACGAUUAGACGAAUUGGAUUGAGAUAUCAUUCACAUUGCCCUUGUACUUUCGCCGAUAAUUCUAAAUACCUUUGAUAUCUUUUAUUAUCAGAUUCCAUUACUAGUUUCCCUGCGUUUAUAUUUUUCAGCUAAUUGCUAAUGAGAGUUUCCCUCAGGAUACAUUCCGAUGGAGUAAAAGAAAAUUAUUCGAUCAAUUUUAUCAAGAUAGAAGAAACAUACUACUGGGUCCUACAAUUUUCUUAUUCUUUGUUAAACGCGUCGAAUUUUAAUACGUUCAUCGAGUUUAUUUGAUUUCUUAAGAUAAAUGAUACCACUGUAAUGAUUUAUGGCUGUCUGCGUGCCUCAUAUUAUAGAGUGAAUGAAUUACGUCUAUUAACGUUUCUCCGGUCUCAUGUUUAAUAAUAUAAAUAUCUUGUAUGCAUAAUUCAUGAACAAAACCAGAAUAAUCGGGCUUGAGAGAUCUGAAAAAGAAAAAAAGAAAGAAAGAGGAGAGAUGUCACCAGUACGUUAACGCGAUAUACGUACGAUAGUACUGAUCGUACACUUUUAUCCACGUUAAAAAGAGGGCCUAAGCAAUUGAUGAGUAGCAUCGGUUUAUAAACAGACACAUGCCGUUAAUUAAAAUUUACCGAUAUAGAACACCGAGGAAGUAAAAGGUAAACAAGCCAUAAUUUAGUCUCAAGGUCUAGUUAGAGGUUAACUAUUGUAUACAUACUUAUAUAAAUUUGAUAAACGGUUGUCAAUUUCUAACACGUGCAUCAAACACACGCACACACACGCGCGCGCGCGCUUGCACACACACACGCACACACACACAAAUUAUAUACAUACAAACAUACGUCGUACACACGUAAUAUAGUUUUCAAUUGAACUGUAAAGGAAGAAUAAUAGACGUAAAAGACUCUGUUUCCAUAAAAAUAGAUGCAUCCCGUUUAUCGCAGCUGUAAACAUUUUGAAAGACGCAAACAAGGACAAAGGUUAGUACUGGUUAUGAACUUUUAGACAAGCAUAUAUCCCCCUAUAAGCCAAUAGUUCACAAAUAACGAUAAUCAUACGUGAUUGAGUAUGCAAGUGUGUUUGAAGACAACCACUUUUAUUUAAUAAGUUGGUACGUAUAAAAAUGGUUCGUCUAAUGUAAAGCUAAGAAAAUGUUAUUAACAUUGUAUGUAAAUAGUUUGUGAUUGUAUUCAUAAUUUCUUGUAUGUAUGCGAGUGCCCAUUUAUAACUCAUACAAAUGCGCGCGCGCUCAGCAUAUUAUCUUUAUAUUAUCUUUACGCACGAUGUAAUUAAUCUUAUAUACUUUUUAAAUUAUGAUCGAAGUCAUUGUGAUGCCAUUUUACAUUCUCACAUACAUAAUAGCGGGCACAUUAUCUGUAUAUUUUUUUCAUUUCAGUUAGUUUAAGCCACGCAACGAACAGAUAUACAUAAAUUCUUCAUAACAGAAGAAAUAAAUUAAAAAAAGUUACUACAGUGGAUUCCGCUUAUUUGAGCCACCGGUUAACCAAGGUAGCCGUUUAUUUGAAACGAAACUGAAAGUAUAGAACCUGACCGAAUAAAUAAAAACCAUUUGUAGA